CACGCGCGCGGCACGGAGAAAGUAGACCAGGGGCGCAGAGCAACUUUGCCGACUCUCUCGCAAGGCGGAACACGGAGAGGACAGACACCUUUUUUUUCGCCUUUUUCGCAGAUAUGAAACAACUUUUAAUUCCCCUGCUUUAGCAAUCGCGCUCGCUUGUGGAUGUAGGGGGCUUUAUGGAGACGCACUUUGCUUGAUCUCGAGGUGCUUGCUGUAACUACGCUUCCUGGGAUUUUAAGUUCCUCGGUUUGUACAUCUGGAAACAUGCCGGAGAAAAUAAGUAUUUCGGAUUUCGUUUCUUUGGCGAAAGAGGACCUAUCGUCCCCGGGAAGCUCUGGAUUCCAGUCUAAAAUGAGUGACUGUCGCAACACAGUGGCCGCUCUCGAAGAGUCUCUAGAGCAGGACCAGAUGUCUCUACAGAGGAUGAAGAAAAUUGUAAAAGCCAUCCACAACUCUGGACUCAAUCAUGUGGAGAGCAAGGAGCAGUACACAGAGGUUCUAGAGAAUCUGGGGAACAGUCACCUGACACAGGAUAAUAACGAGAUCUCCACAGGCUUCCUGAACCUGGCUGUAUUCACUCGAGAGAUCACUGCACUCUUCAAAAACCUGGUGCAAAACCUGAACAACAUCAUUUCUUUCCCUCUGGAGAACGUGUUAAAGACUGAGCUGAGAGACAGCAGGCUGGAGCUGAAAAAACAGAUGGAGAAAAGCUGGAAGGAUUACGAUGCUAAAAUAGGCAAGCUGGAGAAAGAAAGGAGAGAGAAACAAAAACAGCAUGGGAUGAUCCGGUUGGAAUCAACAGACACAGCAGAGGACAUGGAAAGAGAAAGAAGGAACUUCCAGCUGCAGAUGUGUGAGUAUUUACUGAAGAUUCAGGAGCUGAAAGUUCGUCAAGGUCCAGAUCUACUGCAGAGCCUGAUCAAGUACUUUCAAGCCCAACUUAAUUUUUUCCAGGAUGGACUGAAGGCCGCAGAACAUCUGGGUCCAUUUGUGGAGAAGUUAGCAGCCUCUGUACAUACGGUACGUCAUGAGCAGGAUGAAGAAGUAAAGCAGCUCUCUCAGUUGCGUGACUCACUCAGAACACAGCUACAGGUUGAUGGCAAAGAGGAUUUUCUGAAUAGGAAGAACUCUGGUCAUGGAUAUAGCAUCCACCAACCGCAAGGCAAUAAGAAAUAUGGCACAGAGAAAUCUGGAUUCCUUCUUAAGAAGAGCGAUGGGAUCAGAAAGGUUUGGCAGAAGAGGAAGUGUGGCGUAAAAUAUGGCUGUCUUACCAUUUCACACAGCACGAUCAACAGACCACCCGCAAAGCUCAACCUUCUGACGUGUCAGGUGCGGCCCAACUCUGAGGAAAAGAGGACGUUUGAUUUAGUUACACACAAUCGCACAUACCAUUUCCAGGCUGAGGAUGAGCAAGAAUGCAUGAUAUGGGUGUCCGUACUGCAGAACAGUAAGGAGGAGGCCUUGAACACGGCUCUUGGAGGAGAUCAGCUCCAGUUUCAGGACAGUGGUCUGCAGGAGCUUGUCCGAGCUGUGAUCUCAGGCCUGAGAAACCUGCCAGGCAAUGAGGCCUGCUGUGACUGCGGAGCACCAGAUCCCACCUGGCUCUCCACUAACCUGGGCAUUCUCACCUGUAUCGAGUGCUCAGGAAUCCAUCGUGAGCUUGGAGUACAUCACUCACGAAUUCAGUCUCUCACUCUGGAUGUACUGAGCACAUCUGAGCUCCUGUUGGCAGUGAGCAUUGGAAAUUCAAAGUUUAAUGACAUCAUGGAAAUUAACCUGCCCAACGAUGCAGUCAAGCCCCUUCCAAAAAGUGACAUGACAGCAAGGAAGGAGUACAUCGUAGCAAAGUAUGCAGAGCGUCGCUAUGUUCUCCCAAAAGAGCACUCUGAAGCAUAUCACGUGUAUGACACCGUAAGGAGCAAAGAUCUCACCUCACUGCUACAGCUCUAUGCAGAGGGAGAGGACUUGUCUAAACCAGUGGCCACACCUGAAGGACAGGAGCUAAAAGAGACCGGCCUUCACUUAGCUGUGCGCAUGUCUGAGAAGACUUCUCUGGCUCUGGUUGAUUUUCUAGCUCAGAACUGUGGCUGCUUGGAAAAGAAAACAGCAGAGGGAAACACAGCGCUUCAUUACUGUGCAUUAUACAACAAACCAGAGUGCUUGAAACUUCUGCUCAAAGCAAAGGCUGUUUUACACACAGUAAACUCAGCUGGUGAGACGGCGCUAGACAUUGCCAAGAGACUGCAGCACAUGCAGUGUGUCGAACUGCUGGAAUUGGCCCACAGUGGAAAAUUCAACUCUCAGAUCCAUGUUGAAUACACAUGGGAGAUGCCACAGGACAUGUACGACAGUGAAGAUGAUUUGGACGAAAGGGUAAGUGCACAUCCUAAGGGCUCACGGUCUCCGCUGCCCCCUUCUGGCAGCAAUGGACACUGCUCGGCUACAUGGAAUUUAAAUAAAGCCAGUCCGGCCAGGACAUAUGAGAACGUUGACUUCCUAUAUCGAAACCCACCCAACAACAGCGCCCCCACUAAUGGCUCCAUGCCUCCUCCCCUGCCAGCUAAAGCAAUACAACGUGGCCGUUCAGAUCCUCAGAUCUCAGGUUCCGUUCCAGAGACUCACGCACCCUACCGACAGAGUUCCCACCCCACUGGCUGCUUUCAGAGAAUCAGCACUUCGUCCCCUGGACCAACACCUUCACGCACUCAUAGCGCUGGAGGGUCAAAGGCACAUAGACAAACGGUGUCCUGGGAGGGCCAACCGUUCUCAGGAGUCGAGGGCAAAAAUCACUCCACCUCACCACAGAGUCAGAGAGGGCCUGUCAGUUCAGAGAAGACGACCUCAUAUCGCCGCACAAGCAGCGGCAGUCAAGGAAAGAGUUCGGCCCCAUCUCCAGGGUGUGCGGGCAGUCAGGAGGAACUCUACUGCAGUCCAGUGAGCGGGGCUCCCAGUCCUGCACCUCCGCCAGCAAAUGCUAACAACAGUGCCACAGUGCCAAUCAUACUGCCGCCACCUCGCUCACGCAAGAAUGCCAUGCUGGCUUUCUUUAAGAAUGACCCAAAAAGUCCGAGUCAUGAUUGUGCGGUUGGUGCCAAUCAGCUGGCUUUCUUUAAGAAUGACGUCAUCAUUGUGACAGCAACUGAUGACCCACACUGGAGGGUGGGCCAUAUAGAAGGAGAACCGUCUAGAAGUGGCUCUUUUCCAGUUAACUACGUACAUAAAUUAGGAGAAUGAGAUGAACCUCCAUGAACACUUACAUUACACCACAUGGAACUACUCUAGACUGUUGCUUUUAUCUUCAGAGCCACGGGACCUAGAAGCUGUGGAGGCCUGAAAUGCACUUAGAAGAUGAAAGACUGGAGACCAGACUCUUCAACAGCAUUAGUGUGAAUGCUGUAAGAUGAUCCACCGAUCCAUUUCAGUGCUGCUUGUAGCUGUUUAGCUGAACUGAAGGUUUGGCAGGUACAUCAUAAAUGACUGCAUUUGGAACAGGCAGAAAAGAUGAAAGCUGAUCAGCUUUUGAAAUUUCCUGGCUUCGUUGUUUAAACAAACAACAUUACUUGUUCUUAUUGAUGUUGGCGGUGAGGCAUUUGGACAAACGCUUGGAGUUUGAAGAGAUUGUCGCCCAGACUUUGAGGCACUGGGCUCAUUUACUGAACUCAUCCUGUGGUGGGUUCAGUUUCUCAAUGCUCUCUGGAUUAUUUUAAUGACAUGCCAUUAGUUCUGGCCAGACACCAGGUCCUCCAGACAGAGAGUUAAAGGAUUAUGUAUUUGGUUUCAUCUGUCUCCUGUGCAGCGGCGUCUCCUAUUGCUGCUGAUUCCCGGAUAUCCAGUCCUGCACUGGGAGAUAAAGCAACUUGCAACAUUCAGAAUGAAUCCUCAGAUGAGACACCAGGAUGUUAUGUGAAUGUUCGAAAAGUUCUGAUUGCAGAAUUUCACAGAAAGUUUACAAUCCAGUAUUUCAAACCAUAGGAAAAAAUCUACUUUCCCACAGUACAGAUACAAGUAGGCCUUACAGAACACAAUAAAUGCUAAACCACUGCCACAUAGACAGUUAUUUUCACAGUUUCAGUAGGCUACUUGUUUUUUGGUAGCCUAAUAUUCCAUGUCUAAAUUCAAAAUUCCUGUAUUAAAACAUCUCUUUUCAAUUGUCUAUAAUGUUUAAAAAUGGUAGCAUUGUCUAUGAAAAAGUUCUUUCUGCACUUGCCACCAUUACUAAGUGUCUUUUCUGUGUCUGUAUUGUUAUCAGUCAGCAUCAAGUUUUUAUAUUAAUGGGUUCUUCCUCCGAACUGAGGUGGUUUAUGGUGCAUUUGGGACGUGUCUUGAACCAGCAGACUGUAUAAAUGUUUGAUAAACUGAAAGCACACAACAGAUGUUUUCCUUUCUGCCAUUUCAUUGACUUCUGUGAAGAAUAUUCAGGCAGAGAUGAUAGCAGUAUGCAUGUUGGCAGCGGAGGUCCAAAACAGUUCAGCUGACUUUGUGUUUUAGGAAAGCAAAUGUUAACACUGCUUGUAAAUUAUGCUUGUGACAAUUAACUGUUUUGUAUUACUAUAACUUCUUAUAUUAUUGAGAAAUGUUGCGUCUAGUUUAAGAACAUGAUUUUUUUUUCUAUAACAUUAUUAAGCAUCUAUUUCUAAGAAUGAAAAUUGACAAUUAAACAUCUGCAAACUAUAAUCAUGUUUUCUCUGGGAUAAACACAGAUUGCAAAAACCUUUUUUUGACAGGUAUUCUAGAUAUUCAAGUGCAUUAGGAUUAUGGAACAUCAUUUCUUUUAAUUCUUUUUUUUUGGAAAUUACAUGAGUAUUUUUUUUCUAGAAAAUAUAAACCCUCUGCAAUCGUCAAACACGCAACAUUUUCCCCCCACAAAUCCUGGAUUAAAAAUGGAUCUUUGUGCAAAAGGAUUAUGCACACAUAUGAUACAUGUUUGUGUAAAUCCAUAUUAGGACUUUUUGCUUUUUGACAGUCAGCCGUCCAUCCAGGAUGAGCCUAAUGGUUGGUAGCCAGCACUCAACUUCUUUACAGAUUGAAAAUCGUUAUAGCUCUUAGCCUCUGACUGAGCUGUUGCAUAAUUGACAGGUGUUACGUCACUGCUGAGGCAGAAAGUUUCAGGUCAGUCUGUAGCAGAUGUUCUCUGUGAUAGCCCGAAAACCACUGGAUUGCAACAGGAUACAAAAGAUCUCCUUUCUUGGUUGAAUGCCAUGUGUAAGCUAUUAUCUAUUUCGUUGUACUGCCAGUUACAGUUACAUUGUGCUCUAUAAUUAGACAUUUAUCUGCUCCUCUGAAAUAAAGUCAAGUUUAAAUUACAUUAUGGGAAUAUCACCCUAAUCGAACGGCACAAUGAAAAAAAAAAGAUUAUAUUUCUAAUGUGCAGCAAAAGAUAACAGCUUCACGGCUUUGUAAAGUGGCUUUAAGAAAAGGGCUAAAGCAGUGAAAAUGAAAACCGUUUCCAUCAUCAGGGCAAUAAUUAAGAAAAUAUGUCACUGAGCACAAAACCAAGCUUCUGCUGGUCAUUCCAGUUCUCUGACCUGAACCCUCUAGAAAAUUAUUGGUAAUUGAGGUGAAUUAAGGAGAAGCACCACCAAUAUGCAGCUGGUAAUCUAAAGGGUCUAUGUAUAUAUAUAUAACUGCGCAAUGUAUAUUUAAGAAAAAUAUUUAUUUCAUAAUAUUUUGUUCGUACUGAUCAGUUUCAUUGACUAGUGAUCCUAUUUAAUAUGGAUAUAAGUAUACCGAAACAAGAAGCAGAUGUGUGAUACAUUCAUUCUUUUGAAAUAUAACACACGUUAAAGGAAAUGCGGUGAAAAAAAAUAACAGCCAUGUCCAACUUUUCCUGAACGCGGAAAUCUCGCCCAAAUGGAAGAAUGCUUUACAUUUCAGGUCUCUUGUGUUUUUUAGUCACAUUAAUGUAUUUUUCGAGCUGAUAAUAUAACGUCAGAGCUAUGAAAAUAUAUAUUUUUAAAAACUGCAUCGGGCCAUAGUUUCAUCACUUUACAGUGUCACGACGCGAGGACCAUCUUGUCAAUGAGUUAUAGAUGACCUAGUGGCCCAGGGUAAGUUACAAAUCGGGGCGAAGUUAGAAGGAUUAUGCCCACAAAUUGAUAAGACUACACAUUAACACAAUUUCAGUUUGUCAUCUUUUGAAUCAUGGAUUUCUAUGGAGACAGGAACAUGACCACCCUAAUCCUAACCCUAACCUAACCUAACCCUAACCUAACCCCUAACCCUAACCCUAACCCUAAC